UAUGCACUUGUAAACAAAAAUACGUAGUGACAGCGUGCGUGGGUGGGAAACAAAAAUAUUGUGAAACAUUCAAUGAAGUUCACGACGUCGGCAUAUCUGUGUGAAACACAUGGCAACACUUCCGAAAUUAAACAGAAGAAUUUACCGAAGUUUAAAAAAGUGAAGUUAUCAUUACAACAAAAUACACAAUGAGUGGCAUAAGGUUGGAUGUACAGUGGUCUCGCAGUCACCCUACCAAGUUCAUUACGUGGGGCACUGAAAUUUAUCUGUACGAAGUAUUAUCAAAAGCUGACACACCAAGAGCAACAUGUAUAAAGGUGUCAGACAGUACAUAUGCGAAUCUGCUAGCCACAAAUUCAAGCCAUCACUACAUCAAAUGCAUUGACAUAUUUCCUCACCCAGAACCGGAUAUCCUCCUGGCUGUAGGACAAGCAAGUGGCAAAGUAACACUCACUGCUUUUGGACCAACUGUCUUUGAUUCCAGAGGGAUUACUGGCAAGGAACUUGUCCCAAGACAUUCAAGACAAUGCAAUGGUGUUGCUUGGAGUCCUGUGGAUAGCAAUUUACUUGCUGUUGGUUUAGACAAAAACAGAGCUGACCACUCACUGUUGGUUUGGGACUUAACCAGAUGUCAUUUGCAACAGCAGAUGCCUGACAGUGUUCGGCCUUGUGCAGAACUGGGGCUGUCAGAGACAACUCACUCAUUAGCCUGGUUACAGCCAAGAAAUAUUGUCUUAGGAAUGAACAGUAAACAUUUGAAAGUAUUUGACAUCAGGGAUUCGAACAGAGCAGUGAACGCAACUAACACAAAAGCUGUGUUUGGUGUCUGUAUUGAUCCACACAUGGAAAACCAGUUAGCAUCAUUUAUUGAAAACCAGAUAUAUAUUUGGGACCUUAGAAACUUUGAGAAGCCUGUGCUCACACUAAAUCAAGGGAAACCUGUCACAAAGAUUUUAUGGUGUCCUACCAGACGUAAUCUUCUGGGGUCAUUGCUUAGAGAUAGUUGCUCCAUAAAUCUGCAUGAUAUUCGGCACACAGUUGUGGGAACUGAUGAAGUAGAACCAACGCUCUUGGAGAGAAGUGUGCAGCCGUGUAGUACACACAGCAUAACAUCAUUUUCAUGGCAUCCUGCUUCCGAGAACAGAUUAAUUGCUAUUGAUGCUGUAGGAUCAAUCAGGGAUUAUAUUGUAUCAGAAAGAAUUACAGUUAACUGUUCUCCACGAUUUGACCUAGUUUGGAUUCAUGGUGGAAGAUCUCUGAAAAAACUUAAUGAAAAUUUUGCAGUUUAUGGAUUAUGCGGUGAUAUUUCCACAACAAUGAAGAAAAGAGCUAUGAAUGAAUAUGGGCUGAAGCCUGAUAUAUCUCAGAAUGGAAGAUUAGCUGAGGAUGAAAUGCUGAACUCUAUUUGGAAAUGGGUUGGUGUAGCUCAGUCUCUUGUUGAAGAAGGGGUUGUACGUGCAAGCUGUGGCAGAAUUCCUGGAAUUAGGAACAUUCUCAGGUUGGAACCUGUGCAAGUAAAUAUGGUACCAGGGAUGAAGUCAGAGAUGGUCACAAUGCCUUGGGCAGAUCUUGGAAGUACAGGAGCACAUGUUGCUGCUAAAAUAUAUAAAAGUGAAGAGAGGGAUAAAGCAUUGCAGCUUUGUGGUUGGAAAAUUGAUUCCCAGUCUUUGUCUGACUUUCUUGAUGGCCUGGAGGCAGAAGGAUCAUACUCGCGUGCAGCUGCCAUUGCUGUAUUCAACCUCAGGCUGAGACUUGCAGUUGAGAUGUUGAAUCGUGGUGCCUCUAGGAAUAAUGAUUCCAAAUAUACAAUUGUGGCCAUGGCCCUGUCUGGGUUUUCAGAUGAUAAAAACAGCAUGUGGCGAGAACUUUGCAUCACGUCUCGCUCUCAUCUCUCUGAUCCUUAUCUGCGUGCUCUAUUUGCAUUUCUCACUGCAGACUCUGAGAAUUAUGAUGGCAUCUUAAAUGAAGCUGGCAUUGCAGUAUCAGACAAAGUGGCUUUUGCUUGUGUAUUCCUGUCCGAUGUGCGACUAGCUGAUUAUCUCCAGCAACUAACUGUUUCAUUAACUGAAGAGGGUUCACUUUCUGGAUUCCUGCUCACAGGUUCAAGUGGCGAAAUCAUUCAAAUUAUGCAAAAUUAUGUUAAUAACACUGGAGAUGUUCAGAGUGUGAGCCUUUUAGCCAUACAGACCUUCACUCAAGAACUCUUGGAUAACGAUACUACACAAUCAUGGAUUGAAAGUUACCGUGAUUUACUGGACACUUGGCAGCUGUGGAAUCAAAGAGCACAAUUUGACAUUGUAUUCAGAACGUGCUGUCCCAGUAAACCACCAGCACAACAAGUUUUCGUCUCGUGCAACUUUUGUGGCAAAAGCAUAUCAGCACAGAUGCAGGGUCAUAACAAAAAUAGAGGACCAUUUGCUCGUCUGGGUACUACAGCACAGAAACUGAAGAUGUCAGCAUGCCCUCAGUGCCGUAAACCAUUACCACGAUGUGCUAUUUGCCUCAUGCAUAUGGGCACAGCAUCAGGCACUUGCCCUGGAGGUGUAGCAAAAUUGACGGAAUUUUCUUCAUGGUUCACUUGGUGUCAAACAUGUCGUCAUGGAGGUCAUGCUGGACAUAUGGCUCAGUGGUUCCGGGAGCAUCUGGAAUGUCCUGUCACGGCUUGUAAUUGUCGCUGCUUGUCAUUGGAUGCGGCAAGCCAAAUUGGUCCUCUACAGUUGUGUAAAGCGUGAUACUUAUAAUUUUGGAACAGUGCAGUUCAUGAUUAUUCUUGUCUUUGCCUGAUAGUGCUGUUUUCUUAUGAUAUAUGUUUUCAGUUGAAAAACAAUAGCUUCAGUUUCCGUACUUGGGUAGUAAAGGGAUGCAGUUUUUACUGAAGAUCAUUCUUGUAAUAUCCAUACACAGUUUCAUUUGUGGAAGUGGGGCAGUAGUCCUGCUUCAGUCCAUAUCUGAUGUAGACUGAAGGACACAUGUCCAUUUAACUCUGGCUAAGUCAACCACAGGACUGCUGUCUUCUUCCACAAAUGAAGCAAUGUAUGGGUAUUCCAAACAUUGUCUUAAGUGUAAACUGCGGAAAUUGGUCUUAUGCCCCUUUACCUCUCUGCUGCAAAUUUGUUUGAAUGUUACUCUCACUCAGAGCUCUCACAUUGUUUUUGCUGAAUUUGUUUUAAAGCUGAAAGGGAAUAAAACAUUCAUGGAUAUUAAUAUACAGUGGUGAAACAGGUCCCUGUGACAUUGUUGCAUUGUGUGCAGAUAUAAGUAAGAGUGACUGUUGUAACAGGUCCUAAAUAUUCCAUCAGACUAACUGUUGGUUUGAGGCAUCACUUUACUCCAAUAACUGUGAUCUUAAUUAGUGCACAUGCUCUGUCAUAACUGUAAAUUUUCAACAUUUUAAUUCUUUUUUUUUAAUUUAGUUUUUAUUCUUUGAACUGGAACAAAUUAUCCUCCCCCCCCCCCCUCCCCCUUCCUUUUUUGGUUUAAGAUCAAUGUUAAACUGUCCCCAGUCUCUCUGUAAGACUUUGCUCUAUAAAUGUCAGAAGUGUGGAUGCUGAGCUUCUUCUGGCAAAUAAUUGAAAAUAAACUUUGUGUUCCUACCACUAAUACAUAUGUAUAGUAAACUGAAUUAGCAGAGUCACUUGAUAGGAACUCAACUUUUCUUUGUGUCAUUUCUGUGUUCAAUUAGCUGUACUUACACUUACUGCUACUUUUGUUUUGACUACUUCUGCUGCUAAAGCCAUUAUUGUUAUCUCCAUUCUCUAAGGUCAUAGUGUAAACUUAAUAUUUCUUUUAUUUCUUUUUGAGCAGUGUCUGUUGUUUGCUCACUUCUGAUGUAUACUCCACCACUAUGGGUGCUUGUUGUAGGGUCAACUCCUACAUUUUACCUAAUCCAUGUCCGCAGGUACAUAAUGUAGUAACUAUUAUUAGAAGUGGUGGUGUAUCAGGCCCACAAGUCCUUCCAUCUACAGUUUUGAGACAGAUGGAAUGAAGCUGUAAAGUAAAAUACCUGUGCCAAUCUGAUCAAUCACUUUGCCUUUUCAGUUUAAUAUUACAAUAAUUGACAACCACAUUAUUGUCUACAAUUAAAUACUUUUUAUGCUGAGCAGAUGGUCCAAAGAGAAUAACUAAUGCACAUAAAUCAAUAACAUUUUCUGAUAAUCUUUUUCUGGUUUUGCCCAGUUAAUGACCCAGACGUUACUAAAAUUCUAUCAUUUCCUUCAAUGGGUACAACAAAACUGCUUCCUUCUUGCUGUAACGUAUUUUUAUUCACAUUUCAAAUACAGGAAAACUUACAAGUACCACUAUUGUUCAUAGAAUGUAAAUAAGAUGUUCCUAUUAUUUAAAGAGCAAGAAGACUGAAAUUAUGGCAUAUUUUUGUAAUUUCAAAUGUUUUAAUAUUUGGUGUGUGCAAUAUGAGCAUUGCUUUGUGUGUAUAUUUCAUUUGCAUGUCCUACAAUAUUCAUUGUAAAUAAAAAUUUAAAAAAUGAAAAUAAUGAAAUGUCA